AUGCUUUCUCCGACUCCACUGUCACUCUUUUGUGCUUUAAUCCUUUGCUUACCCUUGGCCAUUGUCUUCACCAUCACCACCCCUACCACCACCUCCCCCACCAUUAGUGAUUGGAAACAAGACAAAGUUACAAUCGUUUUAACUGAAACCUAUAUCUCAAAACAUAAUCAUAAACUCAAAAUCAAAACCCCCAUUUCACCACCACCGCCAAAACAACUAUCACAAACCCUUCCACCUCCUCCACCGCCUCCACCACCACAAGAUGAUGACUCACUUUUACACCUUGCUUCCCAAGUCAAUCGAAGGCCCAAAUUACCUGAGAAAAUAGCUUUCUUGUUUUUGGCCACUACACCUCUUCCCUUUGCACCACUAUGGGAACUCUACUUUAACCAAAGUAGGAGUACUCUCUUUAACAUCUAUGUCCAUGCAGACCCAACUUACAAGUACGACCCGCCGUUUACGGGGGUUUUCACUGACAAAGUCAUCCACUCAAAACCGGCUAAAAGACAAACCCCAACUCUCAUCUCGGCGGCGCGUCGAUUACUAUCCCACGCGCUUCUUCAUGACCCUUCCAAUUCCAUGUUUGCCCUUUUAUCCCCUUCUUGUAUCCCCUUACAUUCAUUCGACUUCACGUAUAAAAUUUUGACUAACUCGAGGAAGAGUUUUAUCGAGAUACUCGACAAUGAGGGCGGUGCUUAUGAUAGAUGGGCGGCGCGGGGUUACGACGCGAUGCUUCCGGAGGUGAGGUUUGAGGAUUUUCGCAUUGGGUCCCAGUUUUGGGUAUUGACACGUAAGCAUGCGAGGAUGGUAGUGAGGGACCGGAGGAUCUGGCCCAAGUUUAACCAAACUUGCUUGAGGGAAGCCACGUGUUAUCCUGAAGAGAAUUACUUUCCUACCCUUGUCCAUAUGCGGGACCCUCGUGGCUCAGUUUCUGCUACACUGACAAGCGUUGACUGGAGUGUUAGGGCUGGUGGUCACCCACGCAUGUAUAAGGCCUCUGAGGUGGGCCCGGAUUUGAUCUCGAUUUUGAGAGACAAAAGGCCUAGGUAUGGUUACGAAGGAAUCAACGGAUCUGAUUUGUAUGUGAUGCAACGAAAUGACCCGUUUUUGUUUGCGAGAAAGUUUUCUCCUGAUUCGAUCCAGCCGUUGAUCGGUAUAGCGAAGGAUGUCAUCUUGAAAGAUUAG